AACUACAAAUUUGCAUCCCUCAAUUCUUGCAGAACAAACAUUUUGGCCAUUUCUUGAGCAAAAGCAAUAAAUUAAUUUUUAUUUCAAAUAAAAAGAAAAACCCCCCACCUUAAGCCCGAAUCUACACACCCAGUUCAAAUCAUCCCUUCGCGAAGAAACAACCAGCCGGCUAUCUUUUUAAUUCAUCAAAAAAAGUUAUAUACUGUGCAUAAGUACAAAAAUAUGCAUUGCUUUUGCUAGCAGGAAAAAGAGAACCCAUACUUUUAAAUUCUAUUUUUAAAAAGAAAUUCUAUUAAAAAAGUUGUGCACUAAGAAAUAAAUUGACACCGUCCACGGUCCACCUGCACCACCUACUGAAUGAAUGCGCUCAGAGCAUUCAUACAACUUAUCAAAAUGCUCUACAAUCUUCUUUGGUAUUCGGCCAACUUGGUCACAUUUUUAUUUAAUUUAUUUUGGCUCAUAUGCACAUUGGCCUCAGCUGGAAUACCAUGGUUCACAUUAAUUCUCCUCACAGUUUGUAUUGCCUCAAAAUUUAUCAAAUUAAAAAGUCCCAACGAAAAGAUGCUCAUUAGUUUGCUGGGUGGUGAUUCAGUGGAUGAUUUGUCAUAUUGGCCAAUUGCUAAUCGUGGGGGUGCAUACGAUGCGCCAGAAAAUUCAAUGGCAGCCCUUAAAAAGUGUUCGUCAAAGGGUUUUCGAAAUGUCCUUCUCGAUGCAGGGCUAACUUCUUGUGGUGAAGUUGUAUUACUGCACAAGACGACACUAGAAAAAGCUGGAUUAAGUGGCAGUUUACAUAAACAUACUUUGGAUGCGUUACAAGAGAUUAACUUUUCGGAGCUACACCCUUUAGGCCCCCAAUUUGAACCUGAAACCGCUGUAACGUUGACAAGUUUAUUGGAAAUGUUGGAUAGGAGCAAUUUAACAAUAUUUCUCUUCAUAUCGGACACAAGCACUAAAAUGUUGGAGAAACUUACGAGUGUGAUAAAAUCAAACGAACAAUUCACAAGACGCACAAUACUUAUAAGUCGAUCACCAAUCGCUAUUUACCAGCUUCGAAAAUUGCAUCCGGAAUUGAUUUGUGGACUUUGGACCGAAAAAACUCUUUCAUUGGCUGUUUUAAAAGCAUCGACACUUAUUACAUCGAUAUACGGUGCGGUUUUUCGAAAUAUUAUUGCUCCAGUUAUUGGCAUCAGUUUGGUUUUUAUCAGCAAAGACGAAUUUAACUUACAUAUUGCCGAACUGUGGCGAAACGUGGGCGUGCGACCAAUUGUCUACAAUGUAAAUUCACCGAACGAAAAACGCUACUUCCAAAAAACAAUGAAAACUCAAUAUCUAACUGACUCUUUGCGUUCAGAACCUCAUCUAAUAAUGAGAACUUAACAAAAGAACCACUUCCAUCGUCUAAGGAUGGUUGCAUAAGCUAAAAUUAAUACAACAAAGAAAAACAACUUUUGCAUUUAAGCCUUUUACAGAUAAAUUUUCCAAUCCUUAAACUAUCAUACAUUUAGUUAGAUAAUAAGAGUGUUAUCCUUAUAUUAACAUUUAAAUUUAUUCAAAUCACUCACAUCCCAGAAUUUAUAGCAACAUGAUCAAGUUUUUUGUUUCUUGUUUUUUUUUUUUUGUGAUCAGUUUUUUUUUAAGAAAAAAAGGUGCUUUUAGUACAGCUUUAAUUUUUUGCAAUGCUAAUUAUUUUUUGAAGCAUCAAUUCAAUUUAUAAUCAUUAAUCAUCACAUCAUUAAUGAAAAAAAUCAUCGAGUAUUAUCCCUACAAAGAUCGUUAUUAUUUAGUAUAUGUGUUUUUU